UUGUUGACAAAGGUCUAACCUCAAACUUUUGUUUCAGUUAUUAAGAAUUUCCAAAAUGGGAGACGAACCUGUUAUGGCAACGAACGACGAUGCCAGCGAAUGUAAAAGGGGCGCUGUACUUUUAGGUUACUGGACUGACGAUUAUAUUUCAUAUUUUGUAAAGAACGUAGAAAAGAGAGCCCCAGAAAUCAAUAGAGGCUACUAUGCUCGCGUCAAAGGUAUUGAAAAUUUCAUACAAAAGUUCAUUAAUAAAGCUGGUAGCUCGGCACAAAUAAUUAAUUUUGGAUCAGGUUUUGACACUUUAUACUGGAAAUUAAAAGACGAAGGUGUACAAAUUGCUAAUUAUGUAGAAAUAGACUUUCCAUCAGUAACUUCUAGAAAGUGUUAUAUGAUCAAACGAAACAAACCUUUAUUGGAUAGAAUACAUAACCAAGACGGAGAAAUUAAGUUGAGUCAAACCGAUUUACACGCUGGUAACUAUCACUGUAUUGGUGCAGAUAUAAGAAAUAUAGCUCAGCUUGAAACCAAGAUUCAACAGGCUGAAGUUAAUUUUGAGCGACCCACUCUCUUUCUUGCUGAAUGUGUUUUAGUCUACAUUGAAAACGAAUGUGUUAAUAGGUUGUUAAAGUGGAUAUCUUCAAAAUUUAAAUCAGGACUUUUUGUAAACUAUGAAAUGUGUAAUAUGAAUGAUACAUUCGGAGAAGUCAUGUUGGGCAAUUUACGAGCAAGAGGUUGCAACUUGGCUGGUAUUGCCCACUGCAAAAAUCUGGAUAUGCAGAAAGCCAGAUUCCUCAACAAUGGCUGGAUGGGAUCCACAGGAUGGGACAUGGUACAAGUCUACUAUGCCUUCACUGAAACUGAGAGGCACAGAAUUGAAAAAAUUGAGUUUUUGGAUGAACAAGAAUUGCUGAUUCAACUCUUUCAGCACUACUGCAUUUGCAUAGGAUGGUUAAGUAUUGAAUUUUCUGAAUUUACUUGUAGUGUUGACUCUAACUUUUGAAGUGAUCUUUUCUUAACAUUUUGUAAUUAAAAAUUAUAAUUAUGGUUUAUUGUGUACAUAAA